AUGUUAGAUGGCUCGAACCUUUUAAACGGCUCUAAUCAGUUCGCUAAUACGGCGGUCACUGGCCGUAUUACGUUGGAUUUAAUGGGUAAGAAUGAUGGCAAUGAAGGUGCAACCAGUACUCCAAAUAAUAAACGUGGAGAUCAAAACGAUUCUAUCGGUUAUGCAGAUCAAGAAAAACUGGCAGGAAACCAAGAGAAAACUAAGUUUCUGUUUCGACGAAUGCUGUUUAAAAAGUCGGUGGAUGGUAAGAAGACUGCGGACUUGGCAGAAAAGCCGUUAUUGAAUUACUCUGUAGAUGGUACACCAGCUGUAAUCCAAAGUAGAAAAGACAGUUUUUUUGAUCUGUCGCUUGCAAGUGUUCAAGAAGUUGCCGGCCCUGGUAUCGGGGCGUUUAGCGUGCUUCCCAUCACUUCAGUGCUGAAAAUGUUGAUGCUAGGAAACAUUGGUUUGCGAAGAUGCGUUGAGUUGGCAGUGCAAACGCGUUGGUUGGGUGUCCUGUCUCUUUCAUACGGUUGUACUUCUCAUGCGGGUGUUUUGUACGUCAGCCGUCGUGAUGGUUAUACUGAGGGAAUAGUUGGGAAGAAUGUGUGCGGUUUCUAA